CACGAGCAGCAGCAGCAUAUCCAUCACACACAGCGCCGAUAUAAGGACACGCACUCUCUCUAGCGCCCAUCAACGCCCCACGACGCGGCUUAUCUUUUCGACCAUCAGCUCGGUCACUAGAUCACCUAUUUCCUGAGAAGGGUUUCACCUGCCUGGCGACCGCGUCAACUAGACCAAGCUAAAGGUUUUCCUUCCCCCAUCCAACACACACACUUGAACACACAAGUGCAACCUCUUGCUGCGCACCAUGGUACUCCCUGCACCAUUGCACGACGACUCGGCCCUCGCCGAGUCGCCUCACAGCUCUCCGUUCCCCUCGCCCCACCCGUCCCGCCGCCCGUCAAUGGUCGCCCCGCGCCCAGUCCCGCACCACAGCGCGUCGUCGCUCUCGCGGCGGUCGUCGCUCGCGUCCGGCCCGCGCCCCAUCACACGCGCAGAGUACUCGGGCGACGCUACCCCGUCGCUGCUGUCGCGUGCUGGCUCGCCCGUCCAGCCGCUCGCCAACGAAAAGGUCCAGAGCAGGAAGAGCAGCUUUGUGGGCCAGCAUCCCGGCCAUGUGCACCUCGGCGGCUUGGGCGGCCUUGGCGGCUUCUCGGCCCUCGACACGCGACGAGAGCUCCGCCACGGCAGCUUUAUUGGCAGUGUGGACUGCGGAACGACCUCGACCCGGUUCAUCAUCUUUGACGAGCAGGCAAAGAUCAUCACAGAGCACCAGACAGAGUACCCCCAGAUUCUGCCCCAUGCCGGGUGGCACGAGCAGAACCCGAUCGACCUGAUGGACAGCGUGCGCGAGGUGAUCAACAAUGCGGUCGAGAAGCUCGAGUGGAUGGGGUGGCAUCGUGACAGUGUCAAGGGCAUUGGCAUCACCAACCAGCGUGAGACGACGGUCGCGUGGUCCAAGUCGACUGGACAGCCGUUGUGCAAUGCGAUUGUGUGGGACGACACGCGCACAGUGACGGUUGUUCGUCAGUUUGAGGACAAGCUCGAGGCGCAGGGUAUUGCCGUCGAGGGCGCCGAUGGCAAGACCAAGAAGGCCACUGGGCGUGAUGCGCUCGUCAACAUCACUGGUAUCCCCCUUUCCACGUACUUCUCCGCGGUCAAGCUGCGCUGGAUGCUGGAGCACCACAAGGAUGUGGCCGACGCCCAUGAGCGCGACGACUUGCUGUUCGGCACCGUCGACAGCUGGUUUGUCUACAACCUCACAGGCGGUGUCAACGGCGGCAUCCACAUCAUGGACGUGACCAACGCCUCGCGCACGUUACUGCUCGAGCUAAAGACGCUCAAGUUCCACAAGAGCCUGCUCGACUUCUUUGGCUUCAGGGAGUCGAUCCUGCCCAAGAUUGUCUCGUCGGCAGAGGUGUACGGCGAGAUUGCCGCGUCCAUGGAGACGACCCUCACCGGCGUCCCUAUCGCCGGUAUCGCUGGCGACCAGCAGGCCGCGCUCGUCGGCAACAAGUGCUUCCGCCGCGGUGAGGCCAAGAACACAUACGGCACGGGCAGCUUUGUGCUCUUCAACACGGGCGAGGAGGUCGUCUUGUCCAAGAACGGUCUCAUCACGACCGUUGGCUACCAAGCCGGGCCAAACUCCAAGCCCGUUUACGCGCUCGAGGGUUCUAUUGCUGUCGCAGGCUCGGCAAUCAAGUGGUAUGUGGGGCGCAUGCUCCGAGACCAGGUCAACCUCAUCCAGGAAUCCAGCGACAUGGACAUGCUCGCCGGGUCAGUGGCCGACACUGGCGGUGUCUACUUUGUGACUGCCUUUGCUGGCCUCCUCGCCCCGUACUGGGACCGGUCGGCUACAGGAACGCUCAUCGGCCUCACACUGUACAGCACGUCUGCGCACAUUGCCCGUGCGACACUCGAGGCCAUGGCGUUCCAGUCUCGUGCGGUGCUCGACGUCAUUGAGAACGAGAGCGGGACCAAGCUCGAAAUGCUCAAGGUUGACGGCGGCGUGACCAACUCUGAUCUCGCGAUGCAGAUCCAGGCGAAUAUCGGCGGGUUCAAGGUCUGCAGACCGUCUAUGCGCGAGUCUACGGCGCUGGGUGCGGCCCUGCUCGCAGGCCACGCACUGGGCCUGUUUGGGUGGGACCUGAACAAGCCUGAGACGCUCAAGGACGUCAACACGGCCGACACGUACAUCUUUGAGCCCGAGAUUGACGCGAAGACGAGACGGCGGAUGAUCCGCGGCUGGGAUCGCGCGGUGGAGCGUGCCCGGGCGUGGCGGGACGCGGACAAUGAGCGCGAGUUGGAGGAGCAGGAGGCAGAGUUUGAGCGCGAGGAGGGGCUGGAGACGCUGGACGGGCUGGCGUAG